AUGGCACUUGGUGUCAUGGAGUGUCCACUCGGCACCCCCUCUUAUUCUUCGGAAACGCUGAGCCCGACUCUAAGCCCCCUAAACCCCGGGAACGAAAAUGAAAGCGAUAAAGCCAGCGACAGCGGGUUUAGCAACGGUAUUGCGACCCCCGCCGCCGUCGGUAUCGACAUUUCGCGACUACGUUUUGAAUGCCGUUGGCCAAAUUGUGGCAAGGUUUUUCGCAGACCUAGUGAUUUGACCAAACACGAGAGGUACCACAUCAAGGGAUACCUCUGCGACGAGGCGAGCUGUGACAAGGCCUUUGCGACCAUGAAGGACCUCAAGCGGCACAAGAAGACGCACGAGACGCUCGAUGGCGACAGCGUGGGAGUUUACCGGUGCCGUGUCCCGGGAUGCCGAAAGGCGAAGACGGGACACGUGUAUAACCGCCGCGACAACUUUGUUCGUCAUCUGAGGACCAAGCAUGUGGGGAUGGACUUUGAUGUCAGGGAGGAAUUCGACGUGACGUACUGA